GCUCAAUUCCAGAUUUACAAGGGCGACAAGUUCAUUGGAGUGGGCUCUGGACCUUCUGGUGCUCCUACCCUUCCAUCAUUAUUUCUCACAUCUGCCGAACUGAAUGCAUUUGCCUAUGAACCGAUGGCACCGCGUCGAUCUCUAUUACUCUCUCCUGAGGACAAAGUGAUACUACGAGGAGAAAGUAGAUGUGGUUCUAAUGUGAAAGGGAAAGAGUUGACGCUGUUCAAAUGGAAAUACAGUGACGUUAUCCCGGGUAUGGAGACCCAAACUCGAGAUAGCCGCACAGCGGACGGUACUGUUGGCACGAUGGAGAUGAGCGGCCAAGUAGGCCAGCGGUCUAUAAUGCGCACUGCAGAUACGAUUGACGUGGAGAGAAAGUACCGCAAAAAAGGCUCAAAAAUGACGAAAGACGCUGAAGCGAGCAUGGAAAACUUAUAG